GGCUCCCCUCCUGCUGCUCCUCCUCUCCGCCGGCCACGGAGCCUCCGGCGCCCGUUUUCUGGGUACAUCUGAACCUUCUUUUCUUGCUAAAAGUGAAGACCAUUUAUUUAAAUAUUUAUUUGAAGACUAUGAACGAUGGGUUCGUCCAGUCGAGCACUUCAAUGAUACCAUCAAAGUGAAAUUUGGUCUUGCAAUUUCCCAGUUGGUGGAUGUGGAUGAAAAAAAUCAGUUGAUGACCACAAAUGUUUGGCUGAAGCAGGAAUGGGUUGAUGCCAAGCUGAAGUGGGAUCCCAAGGACUAUGCAGGAAUAACGUCUAUCCGUGUCCCUUCAGCUUCACUAUGGAUUCCAGACAUUGUCCUAUAUGACAAUGCAGAUGGUCAUUUUGAAGGAACAUCUACAAAGGCCAUAGUGAAGCACGAUGGCACUGUUGUUUGGACCCCACCUGCGAACUAUAAAAGCUCUUGCACCAUUGACGUCACUUAUUUUCCAUUUGACCUCCAGAACUGCUCCAUGAAGUUUGGCUCGUGGACAUACGAUGGUUCUGAGGUGGAUAUAAUCCUUGUGGAUGAAGAAGUAGACAAAAGAGAUUUCUUUGAUAAUGGAGAAUGGGAAAUAGUAACGGCAACAGGUAUCAGAAGGAACAGAACUGAUGGAAGCUGCUGGUACCCCUUUAUUACCUACUCAUUUAUCAUUAGGCGCUUGCCUCUCUUUUAUACACUCUUCCUCAUUAUUCCAUGCAUCGGGCUGUCUUUCUUAACCAUCCUUGUCUUCUAUCUUCCCGCCUACGAAGGCGAGAAAAUCUGUCUCUGCACUUCUGUUCUGGUCUCGCUCACCGUCUUCCUUCUAGUCAUAGAAGAAAUUAUUCCCUCUUCUUCUAAAGUCAUACCUCUGAUUGGCGAGUACUUGGUCUUCACCAUGAUUUUUGUGACGUUAUCUAUAGUCAUCACUGUCUUUGCUAUUAACGUUCAUCACCGAUCCUUGUCGACGCACAACGUGAUGGCGCCCUGGGUCCGCAAAAUAUUUCUUCACAAGCUCCCCAAGCUGCUCUGUAUGAGAAGUCACGUCGAUAGGUACUCGGUACCAAAGGAAGAAGAGACCACGGGCACGCAGGGAUCCAAGGAAUCUAGGAAUACUUUGGAAGCAGCCUUAAAUUCCGUCCGGUACAUUAUAAGACACAUUGUGAAAGAGAAUGAAGUUCAUGAGGUUGUGGAUGACUGGAAAUUUAUAGCUCAGGUGCUUGACCGUGUGUUCCUGUGGCUGUUCUUUCUGGUUGCAGUUACUGGAUCCCUGACCCUAUUUCUUCCUGUAAUUCAUAAAUGGGCAAGCAAAAUAGUACCAGUCCAUGCUGGGAUGGUUAAUAAAUAAGUUAAUA